UAGCGUAGAACUGGUAAGAAUCGUGUCCGGAUCCGGCCAAACGCGAUUGGCGAAUGGCGAUCUUCCUUUUCAUCUCUCGUUUCAUAAGAUUCACCCAUAUUUAUAAUGCGUCGGAAUACAUGGUUGGCUCAAACUCAGUCAUGGAGUUCGUUGGCGGUAGUGGUUGCGUGAGAAAUUCCAGGGGCUGAUAUUUUGCUUUAGAGCCGAAUUUUCCGAAAGUGUUGCACGCGCUUCGGCUUCUUCGGCCUUUUGGCUACGAUCAACUUGACGCGAGGAUACGGGACGUGCGACACGACGGCAUUCAAGUUGGUUCUUCGUUAUUUUAGUGAACUCCUCCAUUGACGAAGGAGUCUCGACUGCGAGUCCUAACUGCUGGCCGGACCACAACAUCAACAACGACAACAAUAAUAAUAAUUAUAAUAAUACCUCGCUCCAGCAAUUGUGGAGAACUACAAAAAAUGGAUAUUGAAUCGCCGAAAAACGAUGAUAACGAUAACUGUUGCAAACCAUCCUCGAGUUGCGAGGUUUUAUCAAACUCGAAUUCGACAGAGGCAUCGGAUGAAACACCACCGGAUAAGCUCGAUACCUUAAAUAGUAAAGAUGAUAAUAUUUCUAAUAUGGCAAAGGAAGAUUCGCGUGAGAAAAUAGAUUUCAAAGUAAUUUAUAACAAGAAAAAGAUCGAUGUCACUUUUGCGUUGGAUGGCACCGUUGCGGAAUUAAAGGCCUACCUUCAGAAUAUCAUAUCCGUGCCGCAAGCAAUGCAAAAAAUUAUGAUUAAGGGAUUAGCCAAAGACGAUCAGACUCUUAGAGUUUUAGGUGUAACAAAAGGUGCCAAAAUUAUGAUUGUUGGAUCGAAGCUGGACGAUGUUUUAGCUGUUUCAAUACCUACGAAACAAGAAUUGGUGGAUGAAGCGUCAUCUUCUAAUAAAGAACCUUUAUCUCAACAAAAGAUUCAUCGUAAAGUCUUAGAUAAAGGCGUUCCCGAAGAUGUUAUGCCAGGAAUUUUAGAAAGUCAGGAACCUCUUCCUGAUUAUCCCUUAGCUGGAAUGUUGAAUAAAUCCGGUGGUAAAGUUAGACUAACUUUUAAAUUAGAGCAAGACCAAUUAUGGAUAGGAACUAAAGAGCGAACGGAUAAAAUACCAAUGAAUUCUAUUAAAGAUGUCCAUAGCGAGCCAAUUCAUGAUCAUCCAGAGUACCAUAUUAUGGGUAUUCAAUUGGGUACGACAGAAGCAUCGAGGUAUUGGAUUUAUUGGGUACCUUCGCAAUACAUAUCAGCAAUCAAAGAUGCAGUUCUUGGAAAAUGGUGCUACUUCUGAUCAAGUGUUAGUGAAUGUUGUUUUUUUUUUUUUUUUCAUUUUUUAAACUGAACGUAAUCAGAUGUGAACAUCGAGACAAACGACUGUGCUAGUCAGGCAUUUUAAACAGUAAGUACAUAAUAACUUAUUA